AUGCGAUGUUUGCGAGGAAGAUUUUACUCAGCGUUCUAGCCUUUUGAGACACAGAAGACAUCAUCCUGGACCACUUCCCCCGUUGCACUCGACUCAUCCGCAGAUCGCUGAAUUGGCCAGGAAUUAUUUGCAGAAACUACAGAUCGACAAAAGCUUGGACGCGAGAUUAUGAUCGUUUUUGAAAUCACGUUCUUCGCGAAUUGAGACUUGGAAUGGUGGUUUCAAAUAAUUGAGACGCUGCUUUUUUGGCGACAGUUUAAAGAAUUUUAGAGGACAAUUUGAGAUUAUUAAUGUACAAUGCGCUAGACCCACUCGCUCCAACUUUUCUGAUAGUAAAGCUAGAAGAUAAUUACUUUCGGAUACCAACGUCGCUGAGCGUGUUCAUGAUGAAGGAACCGAAUCCCAACGGAGAGACGAACGCCCAAUCGUCGAAAGACGACGCCGAGUCGGCGAAAACGAACAACAACGAAUUGGAAGAGAAAACAAAGGAUAGCGCGAGCACCGACGAUCCAUUCGACGAGCUCGACGACGCACCCUUGGACUUCCGGAAACAGAGGCAAGAGCAGGAGAGGAGCAAAUCGAGCAAACAAGUUGCAACAAAGAAGAAGGUGCACACCUGCGAGAUCUGUUACGCCACGUUCGACCGUAAGAGCAAGCACACCAGGCACAUGUUCAAGCACAGCAACUCGAGGCCCCACAAAUGCGCGAUUUGCUCGAAAGGGUUCAAAACGACGGCCCACCUGUCCAGGCACAUGGAGGUUCACGACGAACCUGUCAAUUUGCACGCGUGCAGUCUGUGCGACUUCAAAGCGCGCACCAAACCCUACCUCAAGAUCCAUUACAUCAGAAAACACACGGAGGACUACAAUUACAAGUGCGAGCAAUGCGGGAAGAUGUUCAAGGUGCAAUCGGAUUACACGACUCACGUGAAGGAUCACGACACGGAGUCUUGCGUCUGCGACAUAUGUGGCUCCUCUUAUCCGAGCAAGAGCUCCCUCUACUUCCACAAACAUUACAAGCACAAGACGAAGGUGAAGAAGUUUCAGUGUCAGACGUGCAAGAAGAAGUUCAAGACGCAGAAGAAUCUGGACAGUCACAUGGAACUGCACAAGAUCAAAUACGUUUGCGAGCAAUGCGGUAUGGAGUUCAAGAGCAAAUACGGCCUCACCAAGCAUCUGAGGACUCACUCCGGGGAGAAAUCUUACUUGUGCGCGAUUUGCGGGAAGACGUUCGGGUGUCUGAGCUCGCAGAAGAUCCAUCUGUUGACGCACGUCGGUGAACGGCCUUACGUUUGCGACAUCUGUGGGCAGAGCUUCACGCAGAGGUCGCCCAUGAUGCUGCAUCGCAGGAAGCAUCCCGGGGUGCAUCCGCCGCCCCCGCCGAUUAAAAUAACGAACCUGCUUCACGGUGUACAGGACAAAAUAAUCGUGAACAAGAGCAGCAAGUAAAUGCACAAAAUCAGGUGGACAAUGUACAUUCUCUUUUCUUUUCUUUUUUUUUUUUUUUCUUUUCAUUUUCUUCUUUUUUUUCUUUUUCUCCUCUCUGUUCAAUGUAAAGUUAGAAUGUGAAAAGUAUGGUGAGCGGGAGCAUCGAUUUUUCGAACGGUUGUUAACAAUUUGUUCGAGUGAAAUCUCUUUCUAGUUUGAACCGCUUUUCCUGUGAAAUUAAUUAUGUUCCAUUAGGUCGUUCAAUUUUGAGGAAGGUUAAGAUAAGAAGUUUUUUUGUGGGAUCGGUGUACAAGUAUUAGAUCGACAGACUGCGUCGUGUUCCAUCAGUCUACGUGAUACUAAAAAAAAACAAAAACUCUAACAAUUUUCAGCGGCUAAGACAAGACUCUCCAUAAGAAGAAAAGACGUUCGUUAAUUUCUCUCCUAGCUGAUAUCGAUACUCCGCCGUUACCACGCGAUCCUCUUGUACAAACUUGCCUAGUGGUAGCCAAAAGGUCGAUAAAUACUUUCUCCUGCCUGUCGAGGAAUCAGUGUAAAAGCAACCGGAAGAGGAUUCUAUCGCGACAAACAUUUGCAUCAAGACUGAAGUAGAAGAAGAAACAUCUGAACAACAAUUUAUCGAAUCUCAAU